AUGUCAACAAGUUUGAUCAAAGGUACAAGCCUUAGCCUUGUGUUAUGGCUUUUCAUGGCCACUAUAGCUUUCGCACAAUCUGAAAAUGAAUCAGUUCUUGACACAAAAGGUAACCCUGUUGAGAGUGGCAAAGAGUAUUACAUAAAAACACCUUUAACAGAACUUGGAGGCCGUUUCACUUUGAUAAACAGAAACGGUUACUGCCCUUUAUAUGUAGGGCAAGAAAACACAGAUCUUGUAAAAGGGUUACCUGUUAUCUUCACCCCUUUUGCAAAAGAAGAUAAAGUAGUUAAGGUGGAAAGGGAUUUUAAGGUGAAGUUUUCGGGUUCUUCAACUUGUGUAGAAUCCACAGAAUGGAAAGUGGGUGAUAGAGACGGUAAGACCGGAAAGAGGCUUAUUAUCACAGGAACUGAUCGUUAUAACUAUUUUAGAAUUGUGAAGACUGAAUCUAAAGGUAUAUAUAAUAUUGAGUUUUGUCCCUCAGUGUGUGACAAUUGUAGGUUUGAAUGUGGUUAUUUGGGUAGUUUCCGUGAGUUUCUGAAUAUAUUAUUGGCUUUGGGUAAUAAUAAGCUCCCGGUUCAGUUUGUGAAGGCAUAA